AUGGGGAAAGAUGAAAGUAAUUUACUGAGAAAUUGUGAAAUUGAGGUCUCUUCUGAUGAAGAUGGCUUGAAAGGAGCUUGGUUUAAAGCAAUCCUCGAAGACGAUCCAAAAAGGCGAAAGAAAAAGUUGAAUGUCCGCUACUCGACUUUGCAGGCCAACAAUGGCUCACCUCUUCUGGAAACAGCUUACCGGAAAUUUAUCCGGCCAGUCCCGCCGGAAAAUCUCUUCUCCACCGGCGAUUUUGAGGAAGGCUCAGUAGUGGAGGCUGCUCACAGAGACGGGUGGUGGACUGGUUUGUUUGUCAAGAAGCUAGAUGAUGACAAGCAUUUGGUUUUCUUCGACUCUCCGCCAGAUCUAAUCCAGUUCAAGAGAAAACAACUCAGACAACACUUUAAAUGGACAAAAGGGAAAUGGAUCAAAGUCAAACCACAGAACAAGGUACGAGGUUUUGAUUAA